AUGUCCAAAAGUGAAGCAGGACUCACGUCCAGUCUUGUUUACGUUGGCCUUGUAUGCGCCACCUUAUUCGCUGGUGGACUACUAGGCAAGUUCAACCCGCAGCCGGUCUUGAUCUGCAGUCUAAUAGCCAAUGCGUCCUUUGCGCUCAUGUUUGCGCUGGCACCGAAUACCACAGUGCUACUCAUCGCCCGGUUUUUUGUUGGG